AAGAAACGGCAGUUGCUCAACCUCCGCCUCCAACAAUGGCUCCCGGUUUUGUAUUCGAAGCUCCCAGUGACGAAGAAAUUGAGCGCUCUGAUUCUGAAGGCGAGGAACAGGAACAAAGCCAAGAAGAGGAAGCAGAAGAGCAGAGUGAUUCUGAUAAUGAAGAUCACGUCGGAGAAGGAGAAGACGAAGAAGAACAAGAAGAAGAAAGACCACGAGUUUCAAAUAAAAAAUCUCAAUCCGCAUGGGACUUCUCGAAGUACACCGAAUCAGUGGCGGAGGAACAUGCCCGACGAAGCACAACCUCAGUGGAUCAGAAAAUUGCCAAAGCCAUUAAAGAACGCUCCACUCCGCUCAGAAAGCCCGUCGAAGACGACCAGGAGAGCUCGGAGUCCGAAUCCGACAAACAAGAGGAUUAUAGACCAGAAGAGGAAGAAGAUGAAGGCGGCAAUGCAGACGAGAGCAAGUCUUUCUUCGCGCCAUCUGACGGUGCUUCUUUUCAUGCUGAUUCAUUCAUGGAACUUAAUUUGUCGCGUCCUUUGCUCCGGGCUUGUGAGGCCCUAGGAUAUGUUAAACCGACACCAAUUCAGGCAGCGUGUAUACCACUUGCAUUGACUGGUCGUGAUAUAUGUGGAAGUGCCAUUACCGGUUCUGGGAAGACUGCUGCAUUCUCACUGCCUACGCUGGAGAGGCUUCUAUAUCGUCCCAAACGUGUGCAGGCCAUAAGAGUCCUCAUUCUUACUCCAACCAGAGAAUUGGCGGUCCAAGUUCACAGUAUGAUAGAGAAACUUGCUCAGUUUACUGAUAUAAGGUGUUGCCUGGUCGUUGGGGGUCUGUCUACAAAGGUUCAAGAGGCUGCCUUGAGAUCCAUGCCAGAUAUUGUUGUUGCUACUCCAGGACGCAUGAUAGAUCAUUUACGCAAUUCCAUGUCAGUGGAUUUAGAUGAUCUUGCUGUUCUAAUCCUUGAUGAGGCAGAUCGUCUGUUAGAGCUUGGUUUUAGUGCUGAAAUUCAUGAACUUGUCCGCUUGUGUCCAAAAAAAAGGCAGACCAUGCUAUUUUCAGCUACCAUGACUGAGGAGGUUGAUGAACUUAUUAAACUUUCUCUAACAAAACCCUUGCGUCUUUCUGCUGACCCAUCUGCAAAACGGCCAGCAACCUUGACUGAGGAGGUGGUUAGAAUAAGAAGAAUGCGCGAAGCAAAUCAGGAAGGAGUUCUUCUUGCAUUGUGUUGCAAAACUUUUACAUCUAAAGUGAUCAUAUUCAGUGGAACAAAACAAGCUGCACAUAGGUUGAAGAUUAUAUUUGGAUUAGCUGGUUUGAAAGCUGCUGAGCUUCAUGGAAAUCUUACUCAGGCCCAGCGUCUUGAGGCUUUAGAUCAGUUUAGGAAGGAGCAAGUCGACUUUUUGAUUGCUACUGAUGUGGCUGCUCGAGGCCUAGACAUUAUUGGUGUUCAAACUGUCAUCAACUUUGCAUGUCCACGAGAUCUUACCAGUUAUGUUCAUCGAGUAGGACGUACUGCAAGAGCUGGCAGAGAAGGAUAUGCUGUCACUUUUGUGACUGACAAUGACCGGUCACUUUUAAAAGCAAUUGCAAAGAGGGUAGGUUCAAAGCUGAAGAGCCGUAUUGUUGCAGAACAAUCUGUAAUUAAGUGGUCUCAAACUAUUGAGCAAAUGGAGGAUGAAAUUGCUUUAAUUGUUGAAGAAGAGAGGGAGGAAAGAGCCCUAAGGAAGGCUGAAAUGGAGGCGACAAAGGCUGAAAACAUGAUUGAACAUAGGGAAGAGAUAUAUUCCCGGCCCAAAAGAACAUGGUUUAUGACGGGGCAGGAGAAGAAGCUUGCUGCAAAAGCAGCCAAGAAGCCUAACGAAAAGGAAAAGAGCUCUGGGAAGGAAGUAAUUAGUGCUGAACAAGCCGAAGCCCUAAGAAUGAAGGAAAAGAGGAAGCGAGAGCGAGAAAAAAAUUUGCCCAGGAAGAAGCGCAGAAAAUUGGAAGCUGCUAGAGAGAUGUUGGAGGAUGAAGGUCAUUUUGAGAAGCCAGAAGCUAAUGAGAAAAAUAAGAAAGAGAAGACUGGAAUGUCACUUGUUGAUGUGGCAUACCGACGAGCAAAAGCAGUUAAAGCAGUGAAGAAGGCUAUGGAUGCUGGCAAAAUUGUGAAGAAGGGUAAGAAGAAAUCGAAUAAUUCUUCACGAAAGACUCCUUCAAGGACAGAGGAAAUGCGGGAGCUUUUCCAAACUGACAUGAGUGAGAAAAAACAAAAAAGAGUUGGUGGACCAGGGAAGAAAUCCAAAAGUUCAUUCAAGAGCAAGUCAAGGUAUAAGCGCAGGUAGUUUGUCAGGACAAUAGUGAAUUUUGAUCAAAUGUAUACAUCACCUCAAAAGGCCAGUGCUUGAGCUCAUUGUUGGCUUGGGAGAAUAUUGACACUUAAGAAUAUCCUUAUGCCGUUCUCAUGUUCCGCCAUUGGAGCUGAUCGAUGAGGCUGUGUUACCCAGUUGUUGCUUGUGUUUGUGGGGAGCAUAGUGACAGUCGUGCAGACUUAUGUGGGAAACAGUGAAUAUAACCGGUGUGGGACUUGGUGGAUGGAACUGCAAGUAUCUAUUAACUCUUAUCAUGUCAGCGAGAAUCUUCUCUACUCAAUUUUGUAAUCUAGGCAUCAUAUAUUUGAUCACUCAAUGUAAUAUUAUUCAUUACAGUAUUCUUUUGAGUAAUUGACUAAUUUCCUCGCUUUGUUGGCUCUACUGA